UUUCAAUCUAUACGAACGUCAAAGCGGCUCAAAAUUCAAUUCUUUUGGCCGACCCCAACUUUAACCAAGAAAAAUCGCAAGGAUUUUCGUUAGGUAAAAUUGCAAAAGAAAAUCUGAACAAUGGAUUAAAAGAUAUACGAAAACUUAGAACUAAACCAAGUAAAACUCCACUCCAAGAAGUUCAAUUUGGGCCUAAUACUGCAUCAACUAAUGAUAGAAGGUCUAUCGGGGGCUAA